UGGGUUUCUUUUUCUUUUAUUAACAACUCGGGCGAAAAUCUUGUCGAAUUUCUUCUCUCGCGCUCCUUCUAGGGAUAGGGUUUCGAUUCGGCAGAGGGAUUUUUACUGAUGCCGUUGAAUUUGCCCUCGUAGCCCCUCCUCCCUCUCCCGUUCUCGCGUUGUAAUCGCAGGAUUCUUCUUCAUUUGAAGAGCUUUUAGGUCAAUCAUGACUUGAUUCAGCCAGAUUUCAGGUGUUCAUUUAAAACUCCAAUUGACAAAUCACUUUCUUGGAUAAGUUGAAGCAAUGUUCACCGAGGGAGCCCCUGAUUUUGUUGUUGACCAGGCAAUCUAUUAUCCCGCCACUGCCAACUAUGGUUAUUACUGUACAGGUUUUGAAUCACCCGGCGAGUGGGAGAGCCAUCAGAUGAUUUUUAGUGUGGAUGGUUCUGAUGUCCAAUACGCGGGUGCGCAGAGCGAAAAUUCUCCCUAUAUAUGUUAUUCACCUAGUUAUGGAUAUGCACAGUCUCCUUAUAAUCCAUACAAUCCUUAUAUACCCGGCGCUUCAAUUGGCAUCGAGGCUUCUUUGGUUGGAUCCCAACAAUAUUACUCAAUCCCUCCUUACGAGAACAUCGGAUCUCAACCUACCUAUGUUCCAUAUGUUAUUCAACCUAGUAUCAUGUCAAAUAGUUCAACCGAAGCUUUGUUAGAGGCUGGCACAGCUAAUGCUGGUAGAUCUGGUGCCAGAGGGGGAUCCAGGCAUAAAAAUGCUUUGGCAACUGCUGGCCUUUCAAAGAACAUUCCAAAAUCUUCAAUGUCAAAUUCUAUGGGUAGGACCUUGGAGAAGUCAAGGCCUACUACUGGACAGAGUAAACAACCAGGGAUUGAGAAGAGUGUUUCUUCUGCUCCUGCUUCAUCACAUCCUUUCGAGGGUAGAGAUGCUUCCGUUAGCUCUCAACCCAUCACCGAUAUAUCAAGAGGCAAACUCUUGUCUUCUGGGCAAUUAGAAAUUGCUCCUCCAAUGCAUAAUGGUUUUCCAGCCAUUGUAUCAAAUAAUUACAAGCUUCGGCCCAAGAUUUAUGAUGGUAGAGGUGUUACUGAUGCAAAUGGAAAUCCAGAUGCAAACAUUGAACAGAAUCGAGGCCCUAGAACCAAAAAAUCAAGAAGUCAGCUCAUUGUCAAAGCCUAUACGACCAAAGCAGGAAAUGCUGAUGCGGGGGGAAACAUUGUGAUCAAUACUGAUCAAUAUAAUAAAGAGGAUUUCAGAGUCGUUUAUGAUGAUGCCAAGUUUUUUGUGAUUAAAUCGUAUAGCGAGGAUGAUGUUCACAAGAGCAUCAAGUAUGGUGUCUGGUCAUCAACACCACAUGGGAACAAGAAAUUGCAGAGUGCUUAUGAGAAUGCACAGAGAAUAGGGGCUGAGAAAUCUUGUGAAUGCCCUGUUUUCUUAUUCUUUUCUGUCAAUGCAAGUGGUCUGUUCUGUGGUGUGGCUGAGAUGACUGGUCCCGUUGCUUUCGACAGAGAUAUGGAUUUUUGGCAACAAGACAAAUGGAGUGGAAGUUUUCCUGUCAAGUGGCACAUCAUUAAAGAUGUUCCCAAUAGCUGCUUCAGGCACAUUAUAUUGCAGAACAAUGAGAACAAACCAGUGACCAACAGCCGAGACACACAAGAGAUAGUGCUGAAACAAGGGCUGGAAAUGCUAAAAAUAUUCAAAGAUCAGGCUGAAAAGACUUCGUUACUGGAUGAUUUCAUGUACUAUGAAAGCCGUCAAAGAAUCAUGCUGGAAGAGAAAAGCAGACUGCUUUACAGGACCUUCCCAAGCCCUUUCCCCGUAACGAAACCAGUUUUUACUGACGGAGUCGAGAAAAUUGCUAAGGAUGCUAACGAGAAACCUUCAGUGAUGACAACUGAGGAGGCUCUUGUUAACAAAGAUGUGAAAGAGAAGAAGGAAGCUAAAGAUGAUUCUGCUUCUACUCUGAAGAUCGGUUCCUUCACCAUUACUGCAAAUGGUGCAGAUUCCAGACUAACCUCCUCUGCUCGUCCAGUUUCAACCUUUACCGCCCCUUGUCCCAACUCUGACCAGAGCUCAGGCCAUUCAAAAAUUGACGUGGCUCCUCCAACUGGUGGUGAAUUUGUCAGAGUAGGAUCAAUGCCGGUAAAGUUGAAGGGAUCUGCUACGAAGAAACCAUCUCCCAUGGUCUUAAACUUCGGUACAAUUCCUCUUGACCCCAGAUCAAUGCAGAAGUAAAACCAUGAUGGGCUUCUGUUCAUCACCUGGCUGGCUAUAUAAUCACAUUCCAAGAGCAAGUCUAUUACAAUGUGCAUGAUUAUCCUUUUGUGUUAUUUUGCUUCACUAAUCUCCAACGUGGCAUCGAGGAGUUGGGGCUUUUGGUUUGUUUCUAUUGGGUCCAUUGUUUAAAGUUUUAUCUGCGGUGCUUUUGGCUUUGGCUGAAGUGUUGUCGUUGAGUCUUUUUCCUGUCUGAAUUCUUCAAGCAGAAACUGCAAAGUGAAGUAAUAUUGUUGUUGUUGUUAUUAUUAUUAUUAUUUACUUGUUUCGGUCA